AUGUUACUGCAGUAUCGUUUUUCUGCCCCUUCGGCUUUGCGAACCUCCAACCUCCCACUUCACUUCCGCAUCCAGCGCACGCAUCCCGUCGUCCCGUGCACGGUUAAUGUGGAAACUAUAGAUGGCGCUCCGGGACUACGCGUCAGCAGCUCGGUCCCACUUCGAGCUGUCGCCUCGGGGCAGAUGUGCGUCUUCUACCACGGGCGGAUAUGCCUGGGCGGCGGUGAAGUGAUACGCGUCACGAGGACGUUGCAUCGUCGA